AUGUUUGUACAGUUUUCAGGGAUAAAUGGGGUUCUAUACUACACACCUCAAAUCCUCGAAGAGGCCGGUGUUGAAGUUCUUCUUGCAGAUAUUGGCAUUGGCUCAGCAUCUGCAUCAUUCCUUAUCAGUGCUUUCACAACCUUCUUGAUGCUUCCUUGUAUAGCCUUGGCCAUGAAGCUCAUGGAUGUUUCAGGAAGAAGGCAGUUGCUACUUACUACAAUUCCCGUGCUGAUUGUGUCACUGAUUAUUUUGGUGAUUGGAAGUCUAGUAGAUUUUGGCAACGUGGCCCAUGCUGCAAUCUCAACUACAUGCGUUGUGGUUUAUUUCUGCUGCUUUGUGAUGGGUUACGGACCAAUUCCAAACAUCCUUUGCUCAGAGAUUUUCCCCACUAGAGUGCGUGGCCUCUGCAUUGCUAUAUGUGCCUUAGUGUUCUGGAUUGGAGACAUCAUUAUCACAUACUCGCUGCCUGUGAUGCUCAGCUCUUUAGGACUUGGUGGUGUCUUCGCCAUUUAUGCCGUCGUUUGCUUCAUCUCCUGGAUAUUUGUGUUUCUGAAGGUUCCAGAAACAAAGGGCAUGCCCCUUGAAGUCAUCUCUGAAUUCUUUUCUGUUGGUGCAAGGCAAGCUGCUACAGCCAAGAAUGAGUAA